GACCCUUUAUAAGAAAUUACAUAGUACAUUUGUGAUUUUGCCAAGGACUUGUACAGAUGGUUUAAAUUCUUACAAACCAAAUAUUUGAACUUAACUUUCUCGUUGUAGUGGCUGCAAACUUUUAAUUUAUUCAUUGUCAGUUCAUUAUUUUUAAAAUUUCAUUUUAAAAAAUGAAUGUUUACAAUGGAAGACCAUUUUAUUACUUAGAAGAAACGUUGAGAUCAAGACUAGAAUCUUUAACUCUGUCAUUGAGACGGAUUGAUAACUUACAUUCAUUUUUGGUACCCUACCAACAUUUGGCUGAAGAUAUAAGCACUGUUUGUGUAACAGAAUUUUUAAAUGCAAAACCCAUCACUAAAUUGGGUAUGUUAAUAUUAAUGGAUAAAAUUGUACGAGAAAAAUAUGACACUACACCAAAUUUAGCUGCUGGCAUAAAAGAACAUCUUCUAGUUAUAUUUUAUGAUUUAAAAAAUUAUAGACAGCAUGCAGACUUUCGAAAGUUUGUUAAUAACAUUUUAUGGGCUUGGGAAGAAAGCAAAACUUGCCAAAAUCAAAUUCAAGAUUUAAAAUUUGUUUUUAAUAAACUGUAACUCAAAUUUAUAUUUUUUUAUUUAGGGGAGCCUGGGGCACGAAGGCCCCCCUGGGGCAUAAAGGCCCUCUUCAAAAAUUAGGUAAAAUUUUUUUUUUUUAUUUUCCGUCAAAGUAUGACCUUCAUAAUGUUUUUAGUAUAUUUUAAGUCAAUACGUGAUAUGAGGGGCAAAACGGACAACUCGAAAAAAAAAUUAUAAAGAAAAAAUUAUUUUUUUUUUAUUUUCCGUCAAGUUAAUUUUUUUGUGACAAUUUUUUUUUUUUAAUGGUCCAUUUUACCUCAUACAUCACAUACUGGCCUAAAACGUCAUAAAAACAUUAUAAAGGUCAUAACUUAACGGGAAAUAAAAAAAAAAUUUUUGUUGAUAAUUUUUUGGAGAGGAGGCCUUCGUGCCCCAGAAAAAAAACAAAUUUUUUUUUCGAUUUUUUGCAAAAUUUCUACUUAUUCUUUCGAUAUCGACGGAAAAUAAAUGAAUUUUAUGGUUAAAAGCCACAAAAAGAAAAAACCGGC